AUGGCGGCGGAAGACGGCGACCCCACCAAAUUCGCUGCUAUCUACGACUCAUCCUCUCCGUCGCAUCCUCUUCUCUCAAAACCCUCCACGUCUGCUCUCGAUUCUCCGCGUCGAAGUGAUCCCGAAUCCGACCCGACCCAGUUUCUCCAGAUCUCGUACAACUUUGGUCCCAGACCUUUCAAAGACAUCACUUUUCUUCUUCUCUUUGAUCUCUUCGUCUUCUCCACAUUUGGGUUCGGAAUCUUCUCGAUUUUCCAUAGGAAUAGCGAUUACGGGAGCUCCUCUUCCUUCACUUAUGAUUUCACAUCUAGCUCCUGCGUUAAAAAUUCAACCUUUACUAGAGUUCCGAAUAGGUACUGGGCUUCUUCGAGUGUCAUGUACGGUAUGGUUUCAUCGUCUGACUCAGUCUUUGAGAAGGAUUUGAUCUGGACUCUUGUUGUUACGCUGAUUUUAAGCGUGCCCUUUUGUUUUAUGGUCUUGCUUUUGCUCAAACACUACACUAAGCAGAUAGUUUAUGCUUGUUUACCUCUCUUUGUCGUAUUUCCAAUCUUUUUCAAUGUCUAUUGGUUCGUAGCUUGUACUGUUAGCUCUUCUUGUAGUGAUGCACUCCCUUUAGCUUACAGAAUCCUUGUCCUAGUCUUCGUUUUCUUGAUCAUCGGGAUUAUUGUCUGGAUCAUAGUAGCAAAUUGGCACCGAAUUGAGCUCACUAUUCAGAUCAUCGGUGUUGCUUCUGAUGCUUUGACUAAAAACUUGAAGCUUUUUGUUGUCUUGCCGCUGCUUAUAUUCGGGUUAGUGGUGUACUAUGCGCCGAUUGUGGUGUUCUUGGUGUUUGCAAGGUUUAAUGGGAAGUUUGUGCCACGAGAGUUGGAUGGUGAAUACUUUUGUGAAUGGAAGGAAGAUUCUUGGGUUCCUGCGUAUUACGCGCUUGCCAUUUUAACUAUGAUUUGGUCUCUUGCUGUAAUGGUGGAAAUGCAAGUGUAUGUGAUAAGUGGAGCUAUUUCUCAGUGGUAUUUCUCCAAGGAAGACUCAAUGCCUAAAAAAUGCAUCCGGAGUUCUUUAAGGAACGCAUUUGGUCAAUCCUUUGGCACAAUAUGUCUUUCAGGACUUCUCAUCUGCAUUGUUCGUGUGGUCCGAGCCAUCGUGGACAAUGCAAGAGAAGAGAACACACAAGGCAUAGUGAACUUGGUUCUCCGUUGCUGCGCAAACACCUUACUUGGAGCUAUUGACUAUCUCAAUAAGUUCACCAUCAACUUUGCUGCAAUAACAGGCGAAGCCUAUUGCACCUCUGCCAGAAUGACUUACGAGCUCUUGAGACGCAACCUACUCUCAGCUGUUUUUGUCGAAACAGUUUCCACCAGAAUCUUAACCGGAAUUGUCUUUGUCCUCUCAGCCGCAUAUGCAGUCGCGACAUGGGCAGUUCUGAGAGGAGUGAGCAACUUGGGUAUAGAUUCGUACUUGGUGGCUAUACUCGCGUGGCUCUUACUGAUAGUGAUCUUGGCUUUCUUUGUACAUGUUCUUGACAAUGUGAUCGACACAAUCUAUGUUUGUUACGCCAUUGAUCGAGACAAAGGGGAUGUUUGUAAGCAGGAAGUUCACGAAGUUUAUGUUCACUUACCUAUCAGCAGAAGCACAAGAUCGUCUCUCAUUCCAAAUGCUCUUAAUGCAUAG